AUGUAUUACAUUUUGGAUUUGCUUGAUACCCAGCAUGAAGUCCCUCCCAUUUUGUCCUCGCAAGAUUUCUUUAACGCAUGCAUACAGCUCAUCCACGGAGAGGAUAUCACCAAUACCAACAUCAAGAUACCCAAGCAAAGCAUGACCGAACGCUAUCAGGAAUACGCUGGACAUUGCCCACAAGCAUCUUUUUUGACACAUAUACCCGGCUAUAAGCACGCAUUGGAUUCUUUGGCCGAUCAAUCCACAGCAAUUUUUCUAACUCGGUCACUGAAAGUUUUGAGCAUCGAACCAUCCGAUUUUUUCGCUUUAAAUUGCAGCGUGCUGUUCAAACUUGCUCAAUUCCGCAGUCGGCGAUAUUUUCGCCAGCUCUUUGAUAACGUCCCAAAACCAACCAAUGUGAAGACCCUCUCGGCGCAUGCAGGAAAACAUUUGCCGUUUUUGCGCACUAUCUUGCGUGAAUAUGAAAAUUUCAAUACCGAGCAGAUCAACAGCGCUGAAGUUGUACAAACCAAAGCCAACAACGGAUGGGUGCGAACGCUCAUUACGUCUCUCGAGGAAUUUUCCAUUCUUCCCCGCCAAUCUCGUUCUUGCUUGGUGCGUCAAAUAGUUGCAAAAGUCAAAAGCUCUGGAGAAGUUCCCCCAUUGGUUUUCACAUAUCUAUCCGAACGCUCUAUUGAAAUCUUGCGGACCACUAUCAACGAAGCCAAAAGUGCUAUUGCGAAUUGA